GUUUUGUAGAGAACAACAAGUCGACAGCCAGCCCACUUCGAACGUGGUCUACCUCAUCAUGGAAGGAGUUGCUGACACUGCCCUGAGAGAACAGCGCUGAUGGGGCCAUGUGCAGCAACCAGGCCAGCACUCAGGGGUGCUUUUGGCGGCUCGUGGGGAGGUGUCCAUCGUCACCCCCGCCUAGCAUUGUCCGCCUUCGGCCCACCGCUGCCUCUUCAGGCAUGGGAUCCGUUGAAAGCUUUCACUUUGGAGAGGGAUGUGGAGUCCGACAUGCUGCUUGCCAAUGAAGCAGUGGGCAGUUAUGUGCAGAGCUACAAUGUGAUGCUGACGGACCAUGCCUGGACAGCUGACUGGCAGGGAGCGCUGGAGACCCUGCAGGACAUGAGAGCCCUGGGGGUCACCCCUGACACCACGAGCUACUUUGCGUGCAUAUGCGCUUGUAGACGAGGCAGGGCCUGGGAGAAUGCCCUUGAUCUACUCACUGAUGCUUGGUCGAAAGAUUUGGAACCGGACAUUGAAUGCUACGGCCACGCGAUCCGCGCAUGCUCCAAGGAGCAGCCAGGAGAAGCCGCGAAGCUUUUGAAGGAGCUGCGCAGCUGGGGCCCAGCACCGGCACCAAGGUUUCAAACCACGCCCAUGUUGAGGUGGGCGCGGCAGUUGAAGCAGUAUGGCUGCGGUGUCGUAAAUUCAAUCGACUGGCAAGGCAUGGGGACCGUCCCGACAUCACCUGCCCGCCCUUGCUGGCUGCUGCCCAACCAGGAUCAAGUUGCGAUUCGCGUCGCAGAGCGUCAGGGGGACCUGCGGCAUGCUGGCUGGAAGGUGGUUUGGGUUGAUCCUGAAGUGGUGUCAACACUUUGCAACAAGGCUAGUAUGAUUGAGUACGCCAAGUCGAAAGGGAUCGAGGCUUCCACACCCAGGUGCUACCAAAGCUCAGAGGAAGCAGUCUACCCUUGCAUCCUGAAGCCUGCUGUCGGCACUUUCGGGAAGGAUACCCACGUGGUGCGGUCUGCAGAAGAAGUGGAACACUUGACACGCGGUGGGGACUUGCAACCCAAGUGGGUUUUGCAGGAACUUGUUGCAGGGAGGCUGGAGUAUUCCACCACGCUGCUGGUGCUCAAUGGUGAAGUUGUGGACUAUGUGAACACAAUGUAUGAGUAUGAUGGUGAAGAGUAUGUGUGGCCAUUUGUGCAAGAGGUGCGGCAUGAGUAUGUCAGCGUGCCCCACGACCAUUUGGACGUUAUGCGAGUCUUGCUGUCGGAGUUCAGCGGCAUUUGCUGCUUAGGCUACAAGCUCCGAAGUGAUGGCAGCAUUUGCAUUUUCGAGGUGAACCCUCGAAUAGGUGGUGACUUAGUGUUCGAGUGUCCAAAGAACCGAGCUCGAGCUUUAUUUGAGAAGCUGGAUUUUAUGUUUUGAUGUUUGCUGCGGAGAAAGGGUGCUGACAGUGCAGCAUACUACGGACACUGGCUGAAAAUCAGCAUAGCUUGGCAUGUCGUGCAGCCUUGCUGGUUCAAGCGGGGCUCAUGAACUUUAUCUGUUGCU